CGGCCAAAUCGAAAGGAAGAAAAAAAAAAAAAAGCAAAUCGGUAACUGGGUUUAUAGUAGCAUCCGAGUGAGACCUAAAAAUAGUAGCCAUUGAAGAUGCUAAAAAAGCUUAUCAAUUCAAAUAGUGGAUUCUGCACAUCACAACGCCGCCUCCCGUGGUUGUUCGUCGGUCUCGGCAAUCCCGGCGAUAAAUUCAAAGGAACACGACACAAUGUAGGGUUUAAUAUGAUUGAUACUUUUGCUGAAUCACAAGGGAUUUCUAUGGAUACAGUUUUUUGUAAAUCUAUUUUUGGCCAAGGUGUUGUAGACGGUGUUCCUGUUUUACUAGCUAAGCCUCAAACUUAUAUGAAUUUGAGCGGUGAAUCGAGUGGUCCACUUGCUGCCUAUUACAAACUGCCUCUGAAUCGGGUAGUGGUGUUUCAUGAUGAUAUGGAUCUACCAUGCGGGGUUCUUCGGCUUCAGCCCAAGGGAGGUCAUGGGAGCCACAAUGGGAUGAAGAGUGUAAUUUAUCAUUUCCGUGGGAAUAGGGAGUUCACACGGUUGAGAAUCGGAAUUGGCAAGCCUCCUGGUCAAAUGGAUCCCAAAGCCUUCUUGCUCCAAAAGUUUAACGCAUCAGCUCAAGAAAAAAUUGAUAUCGGUUUGAAAGAGGGAGUUGCUGCAUUGAAAAAACUCGUGACAAGGGGCGUGGAAGAGAGUGCUAGGGGGUUCAACACAGAGCAGAAGUACAAACAUAUCAAGGUUCCAGACAAUGCUGAUAAAAGGCUGACAAGACUUGAGUAGUUGAUAUAUCUUUCAAGCAUACUUCAAUAGGCUGCACUGUACAAAUGAUAAUGCUUUAGGGAACUUUCUGUAGCUUUGGACUUUAGGGGCUGAGUAUUGAAAUAUAUGUAUGUGCUAUUUAAUGUAAACUGAUGGUGUCUGUGGUGGGUAACUGCUUAAUUAGGCAAUCAGUUAAAUAGAAAUUUACUUCAAACCAAAUUAAAGUAGCACUGAUAAUAAGUGUAAAACUUAAUGAGUACUA